UUCCAUGCGCGUUUGCAGGAGGCUGGAUGAAGGAGGCAUGACCUGCAGAUAUGAUGGAGAGCUUGAAGACACGGUUUGAUUUCCCCAGCCCCGUCAUACAAGCCCAGGCGGUGAGAAACCUUGUCGCUGCCGUGUUGAAGGAAAAAGGGUCAAAUGGGCAAAUCGCUCAGUCCUCCACCCAGGGCCCAGCCAUGGAGGUGCUGUGGCAGCAGUGCAGCAGCGACUGCGCCCCGGUGCGUUCCGCCUGCUGCGACGCCGUGGUUCUGUUGGUGGAUCAGGGCCACGCAGACCUGCACUACGUCCUCAACAGCGUCCUCAACCUCCUGCCUUCUGCCAGAAAUGUCCAGGAGCUGAUAAAAGUCAUUGGACGGCUGCUACAGAUGCAGGCUGACCAGAGAGACGGAGAAACACCCUUCACCUGUCCUUACUCCAUCAGGAGCAGCCCGCACCCAUACAUCACCGCCCUGGAGAACCGAGCGGACUGCUGGCCAGCUCUGCUGCUGGAGAUUGAUGACUUCAUUCGGCAGGCUGCUGACAGAAAUAAAGCAGCUUACAUCGCCAUGCUGGGUCCCUUCCUGCGGUACCUGUACUGUGAACCUCAGAGGCAACCCCAGCACGCCCUCCUCCGACACAGCCUCCUCAGGGUGCUGCUUCCCGUGCAGCCAGGAGCCGCGUCACCCUCCCAGACCGAGGAGAAGACCUCAGCGGUGUCUGACAGCCUGCUGCUCUGCCUCUGUCAGCUGGUUCCACACAUGCAGGUGGACAGCGUGGAGGCGGUGCUGGAACUGUGUGGAUUUGUCGACGCUCUUCUUCAAGGUCUCAUCGGGGCUUCCGGAGAGCGCUGGAAAACCGAGAGAUCCGGGCUGCUUCUACAGCUGCUGUGCGCCUGUCAGCGAUGCCUCAAGUUGAACGGAGACUGCCGCCCGCUCCUCAACUUAAUACAGCAGCUCCUGUCUGCCUUUCAACAGGAGCUGCCACUGGACGAGCUGAUGAUGGGUGUGGCCCUGCUCCUGCUAGAAGCUCCUGCAGCUCAACAGACCAGCCUGCUCAGUCUCGCACUGACUUUAGCCCCCGAACAGGCUGAACUGUCGCCCUGGUUGAGCCCGGUCCUGGUCCUCCCUGUGCUGCAGCUCCUCUCCUGCUCGAGCCUCACCGAGCCGCUGGCUGACCAGAGGACACACAGCCUCAACCACAGCCUGGCCAACAGCCUGCUAAGCAGCAUCAGCAGACCGACAGAUAAACCCCGACAGCUCGACACCCCGCUGGCGCUUCCUCUCACUCCCUGGUACAGCGAGCUCAGCGUGGCUUUGUCCAUCCUGCACAAAGUGGCCAGCGAUCCGGCCGCGGCGGCUGAUUGGCUGUUGGCAGUCGGUUCGGCCCUGUCCGGCCAGCGCCUGCCCUCCUCCCUCCUCCUCAUCGUGACCCAUCUUAUCAUCAGUGGUAAAGAAGACGUUUGCCAGCUGGCUUUGAAAGCGAGCCAGGCCGUCGCCGGUGCCGACCCCUGCCAGGUCCCUUCCCUCAUCUCCGUUCUGUUGUUCAGACUGGCCAAGGAAAAGAGUCCAGUCCUGGCUCUCGCUGUGCUCAACUGCUUGCCAAACCUCGGGACUCAUAAGCUCUGUGUCCCGAUGGUGCUGCAGACUCUCCACAUGCUGGCCGGCGCCCCCAAGCUGAGAGCGGUGGCAAUGCGCCUCAUGACUGCUCUCUGGAAGAAACAGGACCGAGUCUACCCGGAGCUGCAGCGCGUGCUAGGUCAGCAGGACAGCAGGGUGGUGGUGGGGAAGGACACCCAGUGGGAGCAGAUCCUGGCCAGGGCCGCCUGCCUCAGGGACAUCUGCAGAGAGAGGCCUUACCAGCAUGGAGGUGACAUGUUGGCUGCCAUUACACUCACUCUAAAGCAGUGCAACAGACCAGACCUGGCAACCCCGGCUGCUCUCGCCUUGCAAGGACUACAAGAGCUGUGUCGAGCAGAGGUUGUGGACAUAAUCUCAACAUGGAGAAGUCUCGGGCCUGAGCUGAGCUGCGACUCCCGUCCACUGAUGGUUAAAGCCAUAGCAGAGCUUCUGGCUCUGGUUCCUCAGCUCGUUGUCAAGUCAGAGGAGUAUGAGAAACUGAAAGAAGAGGUGGUCAGCUUUCUCUGGAGUUAUGCUGUGAACAAGGCCAGACCUGCUACAAAGCUCCCUGAAAAUGAGGAGGAUGAUGAACAGAAUAAGGAGGAAGAGGAGCAGGAUCUCUCCAUCCCAGGCUCAUCUUAUGUCAAGUUGAUAUCUCUAACCUCCCCAUCUGCUCUACCAGCCUUGGAGCUCUUCCUGACGUCUCUGGUGAAGCAGGAGAUGAACCAGAUGCCACGAGGGGUGUAUUUCUCUGCCCUGAGGGGAGGGGGCCUUCGUUCAGAUCAGGGGAAAACGGUGGCAGGAAUCCCAUCAUUCAUGCUUAAGACUUAUGAGAAAAAUAAGCAGCCUGGGCUGAAGCCUGGACUAGCAGCUGGACUGCUGCUCAGUUACGAGCUGCCCGUGCAGACGGACCGUGAAGGCAAACCGAUCGAUCGCUUCCUCGUCAGUCGCAGCCGCAGCUACCAGCAGACCCUCACGGCCCUCAUUCAUGAAGUGAACAUUCAGCCAUCGGAGUGGCACCGUGCUCUCCUCCUGCCCCAGGCCUGGCGGGGUUUCAUGAGCCGAGCUUUCCACGCCGUCCUCCAGGGUCGACGAGCCGAUUUGGAAAUGCAGCAGAGACAAGGCAAAGAGAACCCACAGGAGCUACAGUAUAAACAGCACUGUGCCUGGAUGUGGGCCAGAGAUCAGCUGACAGAUGUUAUCAAAGCUGCUACUAAGGACAGUCCCGUCGUUCAGGGGAACUCCAUCCUGGCUCUGAGCGGCCUCGCUGCUGCCCUCGCCAAGUACGAGAGCAACCUGCCUGCCGAUAGCGACGGCAGCCUCGGGGCUGGACCAGAGUUUGUGCCCACUGCCAGCUGGUUGGCGAUGAUGCUCGACACUCUGCUCAGCAUCAUCAGCAGCAGCUACAAGGCCAGGGGGCAAGUUUUCCCGUGGUUCCUGCAUCGCUCCUACUCGGGUGAGAACACAGCCAGUGCCAUAGCUCGCUCCUGUGCCAGCCUGGCCUUGUCCCUGCUGGUCCCGGUGCUGGUGGUCUGGCAGAGGGACGGUCUCGUCCAGGUCCUGUCGGCGCUGCAGGCCGGCCUGCCGGGCUCCCCCUCCGCAGAUGACUCCCAAGCCGUCCAGUUCCACUCGGGCCUCGCGCUCGGCAUGGUGCUGUCCAGUCUGCACCACCAGCGCCUCAGUGACGCCUCUGCUCAGAAGGACAAUGAUCUCCUCUUAAGCUCCUUGAAUGCUCUGGAAAGUUGCUCCUUCAACCCCGACCUGGAAUACAAUACCGGCUGCAUGUUGGGUCUGGGUCUGGUGCUCGCGGCCCUCUGCAGUAGUGGACAGACGGACCAACACGUCCACGUCAGCCAAACCCUUGACAAACUACUGGCUAACCUGCAGGACAGCAGCGGGCAGGGACGCAUGAUGCAGGAGGUCUUGGCGUACGCCGUGGCGUGUGUGGGCGUCUCGGCCUUCAGUGGAGGCCUUAUUGAUGCUGCCAAAGCUGAGGAAGUGAUGAACACUCUGCGCAGCCUGACUGAGGAGAGCCAGCAGACCCCAGGCUUCUCCCUGGCUCUGGGGUUGGUGGUGCACGGCCUGUCCAUGUCCGGCCACGGUAAAGCAGAAGACAUCCAGCCUCGUCUGCUGGCCGCUUGGAUCAAGAUCUUACUGGCUGAGGGUUGUCCCACAAUGCAGAGACUGUCUGCUGUCAACGGCUUGGUGGCUUUAGUUGGAUCAGAGCGCUACCUCAUCCAGCUGAAGACAGAGUUGGAGCUUUCCUCCCAGCAGCAGAGCAGACUGAAUGAGGUUAUUCGUGCCAUCACACAGAUCAUAACGUUCUCGGGAGCCAUUGGUUUGCAGUCCAACAGUGCCUGUUUGGUGGGCCAUUUGCAUUUGGCGCACAUGUCCACGAGUCACAGUCACACAGCAGUUCCUCAGGAUUUUAGUUACCUCUCAGAGAGAAGUGUCAUCAGAUCCAUCACUGACUUCAUCACAGAGGCCGGAAAAAAAGGUCCAGAGUUCUCCCAUCCAGCUCUGGUUAAGACUGCUCUGACCCCCUUGGCAUCGGUCGGAGCCAGUUUUCAGUAUCCCCCCAUCAACUGGAGCGCCGUCCUGUCUCCUCUGAUGAGGCUGAGCUUUGGAGAGGAUGUGCAGCAUCAGUGUGUGGUUCUGGCAGCGUGUCAAGCUCAGUCUUCCCAGAGUGCUGCUCUCUUCCUGGGCUCCUGGCUGUCACCACCCCUUGUGCACAGUCUCAGUUUCCAGACUCGGGCCCACCUGUACGAGACCCUGGGUUUAUGGAUGAAGCACGUGGCUGAGGACAAGCUCCAGGUCUACGUGGAGAGUCUGGGCCUGCAGCAGUUCCAGGAGGACCUCCGACCCCAGCGCUUGUCCAUGUGCCGCUCUCUGCUGCAGGGCCUCGCUCAGGCCAUGGCCCUCCCAAACCCGCCCAACAACUGCUGGAGCAUCCUCUGCUCCACCACCGAGAAGAUCUUCAUCCUCCUGCCCAACCAAAUCCAGGAUAACGAGGUGGAUUUGUACGUGGCCAUCACCAAAUGUCUGUCUGAGAUGUCUGACACAGAGAUCGACAGGAUCGCUCGAGUCUCAGAGAGUACCGACCUAAUGAAGCUGUAUUCUCCGCAGGCCACAGACUUCCUAUUCCAGCUUUUUGCCGCCGCUGUCGUUUCCUGGGGCGACCACUCCAUGCCCCUGCUUUUCGGCAUCAGGGCCCAGUGGUUCCCAUGGCAACCGGAGUCCAAACCUCCAGCGCUGACACACGGUCUGUACGGCGAGGAGUUGCUCGUCGACCACGUCCUGCCGCGGUGCCUGCUGGGAGUGUCCCACAGCCUGCCUCUGCUCCUGGACAAGGAACCCUGGAGCGGCCAAACAAACAAGUUCAUAGACUGGCUGCUCAGCAUCACAGAAGGUCCUGAAGAGAGUCUGUCAGCCACAACUGUCAACACAGCCAAAGCUGCUCUCUUGGCUCUGAAGUCAUCGGCCGAGUUCAAGAAGAAAGCCGUGUGGACCAGAGCUUAUGGCUGGUAGGCCGGAGGAGCCGCGACAUGCUGUUGCCGCGGUAACGUGCACGGAUGGGGUCCUCACAAAAGACGCAGCUUUUGACAGUCGAGCUGCAUCAUUGCUGCCUGUUCUCGUUGGACACGGACGCAGCGCUGGAGGAAGUUGAGACGUUUGCAUCUGGAAGCUUAACCAGAAACUGCUGUUGUAGCUUCACUUCAAUCACAUAUUCAAGAGGAAUGUGCUCAGUCAAACUUUCAAUAUUCAUGAAAAGUGCCACAGAAACUAUGAUUUUGUGCCUCUUCUUCUCUUAAGUUCCAUGACAUCAAACCCACUGAGAUAAAACAAAGACUUAGGUUUUUAUAUUCCUUAUUGUAUUUUUCCUAGAAGGCGUAAACUGUUCAGUCAGUUCUUUGACUAAAUGCUUCAUUUCCUCUUCA